AUGCCAAGGAAACGUGUCCACAGUCAUAUCAAUCAUUUAAUUCACCUUUUGGAAUCUGCAAAAGGCUUUGGUAUUUGUGAUGCUUAUGUGCAUUUUUUUGGUGAUGGGCGUGAUACCGAUCCUCGUUCAUCUGAUAAAUAUCUUGAACAGCUCCAAAAAGUUUCAGGUGAAAUUAAUUAUGGUAAAAUUGCUACCAUGACUGGAAGAUAUUAUGCUAUGGAUAGAGAUAAAAGAUGGGAAAGAAUUAAGAUUGCAGUUGAUGAUGAAACUGAUGAGUUUUUAAAACCAAUAAUUGUUAAUGAAGAAGGACUUAUCAAAGAUAAUGAUACAUUGUUUUUUUUUAAUUUUCGAUCUGAUCGAAUGCGUCAAAUUGUCCAGACUCUUGGUAUUUCACCACCACCAUUUGAGAUUGAGAUUCCAAAAAAUCUUCAUAUCACAACUAUGACAAGAUAUAAAACGGAAUUUUCAUUUCCAGUGGCAUUUUCUUCACAAAUUAUGGAUAAUAUUUUAGCUGAAUGGCUUUCAAAGAAUAAGAUUCCUCAAUGUCAUGUUGCAGAAACCGAAAAAUAUGCACAUGUAACAUUUUUUUUUAAUGGAGGAGUGGAGAAACAAUUUGAACUUGAAUGUCGCCAUCUAAUUCAAUCACCAAAAGUAGCAACUUAUGAUCUCAAACCAGAAAUGUCAGCAUUAGAAAUUGCAGAAAAGGUUGUAGAAGAAAUAACUUGUGGAAAGUUUCCUUUCAUCAUGUGUAAUCUUGCAAAUCCUGAUAUGGUAGGUCAUACAGGAAUUUAUGAAGCAGCAGUGAAAGCUGUUGAAACAACCGAUAAAGUUAUUGGUUUGAUAUACGAAGCUUGCAAAAAAAAUAACUAUAUACUUUUCGUUACAUCUGAUCAUGGUAACGCUGAGCAAAUGAAAGGUGAAGAUGGUAAUCCUCAUACUGCUCAUACUUGUAAUCCAGUUCCCUUUGUUAUGACAUCAAAGAAUUAUUCGUUUUCUGAAUCUGCAAAAGGUGCACUGUGUGAUGUGGCUCCUACAAUUUUAGAUGUCAUGGGAUUAGAAAUACCAAAAGAAAUGACUGGCACAUCAUUAUUAAAAAAAUAA